AAUAUGUACGGUCACUUUAAAUUUUGAACUACAUGUGCUUGAAUUACUUUGCAAGCAUAUUUUUACGGAUAAUCAAACGCCAUGGCCGAUGAACACGAAAACCUCACCAUGGAGGUAGUGGAGCCGGAGGACACACAGAGUGAUAUAGGUUCUGAUAGUGAAGCGGAGGACGUUUAUUCCGAGAACAAAAGGUCAAAGGAGGUCUAUCUUCCCGGAACCAAACUUGCCGUGGAUGAGGAACUGGUUUGUGAUGAGAGUGCAUACAUUAUGCUGCAUCAGGCUUCCUUGGGAGCUCCCUGCCUGAGUUUUGAUAUCAUUCCCGACGUGUUGGGCACAGGGCGGGAAUCGUUCCCGUUGACCGCUUACAUCGUGGCCGGUACGCAAGCUUCCCAAACUCACGUCAACAACCUUAUUGUGCUGAGGAUGAGCAACCUGAACAAGACGCAGGACAAUGACAGCGAAGAUGAGGAUGAGUUGGAUGACGACCAGGACGACGUGGAGAAUAGAAUAGAACUUAAGAAGCCGCAGAUGACCUGUUCGUUGAUUAAACACCAAGGAUGUGUUAAUCGUGUUCGUGUCCGUUGUCUGGGCAGCAGUGUAUACGCUGCCUCCUGGAGCGAGCUUGGGCGCGUCAACAUCUGGAACCUAACUUACCCUCUGCAGACCUUGGAUGAAAAUAAGUACGAACAGAAUGAUAUGUGUCCGGAAUUUACCUUCGCUGGACACCACCAAGAGGGUUUUGCCGUGGACUGGAAUCCCUGUGUGGAGGGUGUACUGGCCACAGGUGACUGUAGGAGGGACAUCCACGUGUGGAAUCUGAUGGAGGGCGGUACCUGGAAUGUGGACCAACGACCGCUGGUAGGUCACUCACAGUCUGUUGAGGAUCUGCAAUGGAGUCCAAAUGAGCGCAACGUGCUCGCCUCAUGCUCGGUGGACAAAACCAUUCGAAUUUGGGACUGUCGAACGGCGCCACAGAAAGCCUGCAUGCUGACUUGCCAGGACGCUCACAAGAGCGAUGUAAACGUAAUUUCGUGGAAUCGCACUGAGCCAUUUAUAGCUAGUGGCGGUGACGACGGCUUUCUUCACAUUUGGGAUCUACGUCAGUUUCGGAAUCAAACGCCUAUCGCUACUUUUAAACACCACACGGACCACAUUACAACAGUAGAGUGGAGUCCCAGCGAAGCAACGGUCCUGGCCUCAGGUGGCGACGACAACCAGAUUGCAUUAUGGGACUUGGCUGUGGAGGAAGACACCGAUCAGAAGCAGACCCCUUCCGAUAACGAAGAUAAGCUUAGCAAGUUGCCACCCCAACUACUUUUUAUUCACCAGGGCCAGAACGAGAUUAAAGAGCUACACUGGCACGCUCAACUGCCGGGUGUACUUUUUUCUACAGCUCACAGUGGCUUUAAUGUUUUCCGCACUAUCAGUGUCUGACCCAGCGCUUAGCUUAUGAGUUACUACAAAAUAUAAACUGCGGUGUGCAUCAUAACUUUCCGUUUCGUGAUUAAAUAAAUAAAAAUAUUGUUUAAACAAAAAGAGAAUGUAUUAACCAUUUAUAAUGUAAUGUAGUAUAUGCUUUAAUUAUAAUCGGUAAACUGUCAGGUGAUUGCCAAAUCUUUUUUAAAUAAUUAUGAAGGGUGUUGCAAAUAAAUGCAAGGCUUCUAAAACA